AUUCUAAUCAGUCUUGAGAUAUCUUGCAAAAAGAACAGUUGAGUUUCGCUGAGGACCCGCCACGAACCGCUAAAUCCAAACGAAAAUGUUCAAGCCACACCUAGAAAUGAUCGGUAGCUACGAGCCAAUCAGCAAGAAGGCUCGUUUCUUCAACACCUACCUAAAAUCCCUGAAGGGAUCCCAGGAUAUCGUCGCCAAGGAGAAGCGCAACUACAGCUCCACGAUCGAGACCUCCAGCAUCUACUCCGAUUCGAAGUACGCUGUCGAACGCAUCCGCGCCCCCGGCUACCACUACAACCCGGUCAGCAAGGAUACCUACGGUGUCACCCCGAGGAAGAUCAACGCACGCGACUUUGCCGUAAGUCGCUAAGACGGAUGCGAAUUCGUUGGUACGUGCGUGGCUUGAACACCGACCCGUUAGCGGCUCCGGAUCCGAACCAUUGAUCUAUGCGACAUCAGACUAUUUCGAAAGUUUUCGAACUUACCAAUGACUUUAUUUGGCGACCUCCCUCAACAAAGAAAACAACCACAACAUCAACAAUUGAUAAUGUCAACGACAAAAGCAGAACAAAACUGCACAACCAAAUUGUAGGACUUUCAGACGCGGUUUUAUCUCUCUUUUACUAUUUUUCUACGUGCAUAAUGUACAUAUAUUACAUUCGACUAAUAUUACUAUUAUCAUUAUCGUGAAGCGAUUUUCGAAGAAAACGUUUGACAUGUUCAAUCCAUCAAUCGAUCAACUGUUCUGAACAAGAAGAAAUCGAAAACAAUAAAACACUUACUCACACGACAACAACAACAUCGGCUAGAGACUCCACCAAAGUGAUAAAAACAUGUAUCAAAAAAAAAGAACAACGACAACAACUGGAACAAUUGAGAAAAUCAUGACAGCAAACGUGGUAGCUCCUCUCCAAGAACAACAACAAAAUUUUUAUGGCGACAACAACACCUGAAGAAUUUAUGAUAUAGAAGACAACGUAACAACUUACCAGGAAGACGCGCAGUAGUGAAUUAUGUAAUAAAAUCACAUUAACUAAUCAAUCUAAGUUAAGGUAGCUCUCAGAGAAAUUGUAAACAGAGUUUAAUUAGCAACAAAAAAAAGAAACACACACAUACAAAAGCAGAAGUGGAAGAUAUAUAAGAACCUCUAUUUUUCUUUUCAUUUAUUUUACGUGUACUAUUAGUGUUUUAUUUGUAAUCAAGGCUGUAACUGUAACAACAACAAAAAGAAACGAGUUUAAUAAAAAGACCCA